AGUCCCCUAGCAAUAUAUAAUAGCCCCUAGCCCUAGCUAGCCCAAGUUUCUCGAAAACUAUAACACUACUACUUGCGUGCUUGGCUUUUUGUGAUUUUUAUGAACCUAGCACAGAGAAUCUUCAUCAAGACAAGACAGGCUCAGAGAGUGACUUCUGUUAUCAAACAGCCCUUUCGUCUCUUCCUAAGAUUCUCUUCUCUUUGGAGCUGUGGGUCAGGUAGCAUUGAAGUAGUUACAACAAUCACAUAAACACCCAUUUCAUUGUGUUGAUAGGAAGGUAGAUAAAGAUAUGCAGACUCCUAAAGCAAGAAAAAGUUCUUCUGAGGUGGAUCAACAAAAUUCUCCACAGUCCAGUCUUCCAGAAGUAUUUCGUAGGCUCUCUGGUCAAAAUUCGUCUUCAGAAGUUCCCAAUAAGAUCUCUCCACGAUCUGCAUCCAAGGUGCCUCACAAGAACUCUGGUCCUGAAAAGAUAACUCCGCGAGUUUCACGUCAACUAAAGACAACUGGAUUAGAAUCUGACGCUGCAUCUUCUUCUAACCAAUUAAAGACACCAAAAGACAAAAGCCCUAAAGUCAUUGAGCGGAAGUCACCUAGAAGUCCAGUGCCUGAGAAAAAACACCCAAACAAGGUUGCAGAUUUGGAAGCUCAUAUUUCACAGCUUCAGGAUGAUUUAAAAAAAGUGAAGGAUCAGCUAACCUUGUCUGACUCAUGGAAGCAGCAAGCCGAGCAAGAUGCAGAGGAGUCAAAGGACAAGCUCCUGGCCUUGUCUCUAAAGCUAGAGGAGUCCCAACAAUUAUUAUCCCAGUCUCGAUCUGAAGAUCCCCGUUCUAUUGAAUUUGAAAAGAUCACUAACGAAAAAGACCAGGCAUUUCAAUCUGAACUUGACUCUUCUGAAGCAAUAUCCUCAAGAAGUUCUGCUGAAUUGGCUUCUGCACUGGAUGAGAUUAGGCAACUUAAGCUUCAGCUUGAGAUGGUAACUGAUAUAGAGGCUAGACAGACUAAGCAAUCAGAACUAGCAUCUGCCGAACUACAUAGCUUGAAAGAAAACCUAGAAGAAACCCGUCUUCUCGCAGAUAACAUGAAGAACCAGCUAAAAGAUUGCAAAGAUUCUGAAGUUCAGGCCCAGGCCCUUGUUGGUCAGACUCUGUUGCAACUCGAAACAGCAAAACAAACAGUAGAGACCCUCAGAUCAGAUAACAUUAAAGCCAAGGAAGCAUACCAUGCCAUAGCUCUAGAGUUGGACCAGUCGAAGGCACGUGUAAAUUUUCUGGAAGAGAUUGUUACCAAACUUACGAAAGAAAGAGACACCAUUUCUGGAAAUGAUUCUCAAAAUUCAGCUGGUGAGCAGGUGGUUAAAUACGAAACUAAAGAAAAUGAAGAAAGAGAGAAAUCUAUGAAAGCAGAGCUUGAAUCUGUAACUUCAGAAGUUGAACAUCUAAGGUCUGCCUUGGAAACCACAGAGGUUAGGUACCAUGAAGAACAAAUUCAAAACACUUUGCAGAUUGCAAGUGCUUAUGAGUUGGUGGAGAAGAUAAAGUCCACAUCAAGCCAAAGGGAGGAUGAGCUGGAGGCGGAACUAAAGAAAUCAAAAGCUGACAUUCAAGAACUACGGGCAAACUUGAUGGAUAAGGAAACAGAGUUGCAAGGCAUUUGUGAAGAGAAUGAAAAUAUGAAAACUAGGCUGGAGACGACUCUCUCAGGCAGUAAAGAGAAUCAAUUGGAAAAGGAGCUGCACCGUAAAAAGGUGGAUGCUGAAAGUAUAAAGUCUAAUUUAAAAGAAAAGGAGAUGGAUAUGCAGACCAUCCUAGAGGAAAAUGAAAUGCUCAAGUUGGGGAGAAAGGAAAUGGAACUCAACCUGGGUAAUGUUGGUGAUGAAGCUGUUAACGAGCUAGAUGCUGCGAGGGCAGCUGAGCGCGACACUCUUAUGAAGCUUGGUUAUGUGACGGGGGAGGCAGAUAAGAGUCAUAGGAGGGCUGCCCAAAUGACUGAGCAGUUGGAAGCAGCACAGUUUGCAAAUUCUGAAUUGGAGGCCGAAUUGAGAAGGAUAAAGGUGCAGUCCGAACAGUGGAGGAAAGCAGCUGAGGCAGCUGCGGCUAUACUUUCAACUGGGGACAAUGGAAAAUUAGUCGAGAGAACAGGAUCGCUGGACAGCAAUUACAGUCCCACAACUGGGAAGAUCAGUUCACGUUAUCCUGAGGACAUGGAGGACGAUUACCUCAAGAAAAAAAAUGGAAACAUGCUCAAGAAGAUUGGAGUUUUAUGGAAGAAACCCCAAAAAUAAAAGAAUCUGUAUCAGUGAGCAGGCAAUCUUUGGAAGGCAGAAAAAUUAUCUUCAGAGAAUAGGUAUUCGUGGUACACAUACUCUCCGGCAGCAGUCCCAGAGCUCUAUGCAGUAUGUAAUCAGUGAUUAUAACAACUCUCUUUUUGUUAAAGACUCCAUAAUACUGAACUUCGGAAUUUUGCUGCCAUUUCCAUGGCAGUAUAUAUUUUCGAGUUGUUAGAGUAGUUCUUACUACAGGUGUUAGUUAUGUCUUGUCAUUGGAAUGUCUGUUGCGUCAUGGUUCGGACCCGGAAACAUAGGAUAAGGCUGCAUAUGUGGGAUCCCUUCACAAACACUUUUGUUGUGAGAGCCUUGAGCACUUGUUAGGUCCUUUUUAAGCUGUAAUGUUAGUAAUAUACUUUCUGUCCCAAGAAGUGUCAGUAUGUCAACGAUUAUAUCCAGAAAUUUGUUUAUUGUAAUAGAUUUGUUCGCAAUAGUA